AUGGGUCAACACAAUUGUAAACGUUGUAAGAAAUCGCUCGUCUCCAAAAUUUUCUUUCGUCGUGAUCAUUUUAUACAUCAAGAAAUCAUCUCCGUGUUGAGUUUCGAGCAAGACGACGGCCAACAUCACGUAACCAUAUUAAAUUUACACGAUCGCUGGAAGAAACUCAAACACGGAAAGCAUUGCAGCGAAGUAUUAGAACGCCAUUCCCGGAUCUACCAACGUCGUCCUUGGCUUCCACCGUGGAUUUCGGCCGUGUUGAAAAGUAAGCCGACAUUACUUCAACUGUUACUUCAACACGGAUCCAUACUGGAAUCGGAUAAUGAUUUACCCGUUGAUAUCUGCAAAUACUAUUGGAAUCCUUCGCAUUAUUUUCGAAAUACCAUCUCAAUUUUGUGGUCGAACAAUAUAAAUUCUCUCCCUACAGAAUACAUCAGGAACGAUCUACAACUUCAGAGUUCGAUACUGAUUGUUAAACUGCUACUUCGAAUUAUUCCUCAGCUACAACGAAGAGAUAUGAAGUUACCGGAUAUGACGGAAAUCCGUUCUUUCGUCGACGAUUUGAGUGAACGAGGAAUUAUAUGGAAUUUGAGGCGAAGGUAUUUGCAACCGUCAGAACUUCGCCAUCUUUGUCGAUGCGUUAUCAGAAGACAUUUGAGGAAAAUGUGGAAACUUCCUCUAGGGAUUUUUGAGCUUCCACUCCCGAAUUUACUACAAAAAUAUCUGAAUCUGGAAGACGAUUAAUUCGCCAUUUAAAAUAUUGGAUGCGUUUUAUAAGUUAAUUGUGCGGAAAAAUUAAUCAAAAUCGUUGAAAUUUUACGACGU